UAAUCAUACUUCCAUAGAUAUCAAAGAGACUUGCAAUUGUUACUGUACAGACUAAAUAUGCCUUCAGAAGAACCAAUAACAAUGGCCAUAGCUUGAAAGAAUCGUCGGCUCACAAUAAAAUACCAACACCAUGACAAUCAAGAGAUAUGCCUAAACUAGCACUUCUAUUGCAAACUUGCAACGAAAAUAAUAUACAGUGGGUUGUACGUACAAUUUUGUUAAGCUGGCAGAAGAGGAAUGAAGAAGAAGGAGAAAGUGAGAGAAAGCAAAGAGAACCAUACCAAAACCUGGAAAGAGGAAACAGGGCGAAAAUUUGGCCAAGCAUUCAUUCUAACUUUUGUAAGUGCCGCUGCUUCAUUUCCAGACUUCCAGUCGUCUACCCUGCUUCCCUGCUUAGCUAAGCCGCCUUUGUUCACUGUUUUUGUAUUGAAUCAAGCUGCUGAAAUAAUGGGGAAAUUGGGAAAGAAAGCGAGGAAAUUUGCGAAGAAGAACUUGCAAUCUGUUAUGAGACAGAAAAGGAAGUUGAAUUCUAAGUCCAUGUUUAAGAAGAAAAAAACUUCUAGGGGUGCAAAUGAUGGUCUUAAAGAUCAAGCAGGUGAUACUACAUCUACUGGAAGGGAGCCAGUGAUUGAAGAUAUAGUGGAUGCUUCUCUUGAUAUAUUCUCAAGCGAAGAAGAGGAUGAUGUGUUUGAAGAUGGUUCAGACAGUGACGGAUUUCUUUCUGAGGACUCAAGCUGCUCAUAUAUUGGUGGGAGUGAAACUGAGCUUCAUUCAGAAGCUUGUUUGUUUGCAGAUGCUAGCCAAGGCAGCGAAUUAUCUGUUCAGAACAAAAUAAUUUCAGCGGAACUUUUGGAGAAGAAGAAGAGGGUGGAGGCUUUGAAGCUUAAGGAUCCUGACUUUGUGAUAUUUUUGCAAGAACGUGUCAAAGGUCUUGAAUCACUUGACAACGAGGACAUGUCUGAUGAAGAUGAGUCAAGUAAUCACGAUCUUCAGUCUUCUACUGGGAUUACCCCAAGUCCAAAUGCAGGCAGAUUGCUAAGUACCUCUACCGUCAAGAGCUGGUGUCAGAUCGUUAAAGAGCAGCAAAAUCUGUCUGUUCUGCGUGGUCUUCUAAACGCCUAUCGUGCGGCAUGCCACUAUGGAACUGAAUCAACUAAUUCUAAAGCAUCCAUUCAUGCUCCAAUCAUACAAAGCAAGGAGACCUUUUGCAGCAUUCUUAUGUUUAUGCUUUCUGAAGGUGAUAAUCUUAUUCGGGGCUUAUUGGGAAUAUCCUCCAAUUGCAAGAAGCAGAACAUCCUAGAUUUGAAAAAUUCUUCAAAAUGGGAAAGUGUGAAGCCGAUGGUUAAGUCAUACUUGACUAGUACUUUGUUCCUCCUGAAUCAGUUUACUGACGUCGACAUUUUGGCUUACUCUUUGACUCGGUUGAGAGUUUCAUUGGUAUUUUUUGCUGCUUUUCCAUCUUUGCAGAAGAAGCUCAUUGAGGUUGCUGUUCACCUUUGGGCAACCGGUGGAGGGACUCUUUCAUCAUGCUCCUUUUUCGUCUUGCAUGACUUGGCUUCUCUCUUUGGCCAUAAUUCCUAUGAUAUUUGCUUGAAGAAAACAUAUAAAGCCAUUAUUUCACGCUGCAAAGUUGUGGACCCUAAGAGUUUAAAACAUAUAGAAUACAUCAAAAACUCUUUUGUUGAGUUGUGCUCUAUAGAUUUGCAGAAAUCAGUGAAAUUGGCUUUGGCAUCUGCUCAGAAACUAGCUAUGAUCCUCAAGUUAGGCUUGCAAAAUAAGGAGGAAGCUCUUAAGAAGAUUUGCAGUUGGGAGUAUGUUUUGUGCAUUGAUCUCUGGGUUAAGUUUAUAUCUGUCAAUAUUAAAGAUAAUGAUCUCCAUGGCCUAUUGUAUCCACUCAUCCAAGUCAUAAAUGGAGUAGCGCAACUCUAUGCUGGUCCAAGAUAUCUGCCUUUGAAAGUUAAAUGCAUAAAAUGGUUGAAUCAACUAUCUGCAUCUAGUGGAAUCUUCAUCCCUGUCUCUUCGAUGGCACUGGAUAUAUUGGAAAGCUGUCAUGUUCUGGAAGUUGGAAAGACAGUAAAGGGUGAUGUUAACUUAUCAACUAUGUUACAGUUGCCCAAAUUUUGGCUCAAGUCACGGGAUUUUCAAGAAGAGUGUGUUUUUGCUGCUGUGGAGCUGCUUUGUGCACAUUUUAUUCAGUGGAGUCACCAUAUAUCUUUCCCUGAACUUGCAACUGUUCCUGUUAUCCGUUUGAAGCAUUUUUAUGAGAAAUCCACGAUUGAAAGCCUGCGCCGAUCAGUACAGCGCCUAAUUGAUCAGGUGGAGAAGAACGUGGAUUUUGUCGAAAGAAAGAGAGAGGGUGUUUCAUUUUCACCAAUAGACCAAGCAUCUGCAGAUUCAUUUCUUCAGGGUGAAAAGCGCAAUGACAAUUCCCCAUUUAUUCAAUAUUACACAAGUAUUAUGCAAAAUGGUUUGACAAGGAAACUCAGCACAGAUAACCAGACCAGUGUGCUCAAACUGAAAAAGCUGAAUGGUAGAAAGCGAAAGUUGCCACAGAAAACUGAGGAUGUAAAUGCUAAUGCGGACAAAGAAAUUGCGAAGAUCAGUAGCAAUGUGUCGACCAGAAGUGAGCAAGUUGUGAAGAGAAAGAAGCAGAGAACUUGAGGAUGCUGUAAUUUGUGAGCUUGCUUUUUAUAGGUACAGAGAAAUGAUUUCAGUGUCCACGCUAAUUGAUUGUAUCUUAGUCUCUAUGUUCUUGGAAUUUUGAAUGGACUUUUUGGUAGAUUCGAGUUGCUUACACAAAAUUGCAUGUAAUGGUGGUAGAAGUGCUCUUUAGUUAGAUGGAAUGGGAUUGACCUUAAUGCAGUGUCAUACAUGAAAAUUUUGGAAUUUAUUGUUUUUGUUGUAUCUUUUCUUCAUAAUAUACUAGAAUGAAGCUAUUUAUCUGGUUAUUAUUCCA